CAGUUAAACUCAAGCAGAACACUAUUCAAAUAAUACAGAAUAUUUUUACAUUUGUUACACAUUUUGUAUGUGAUUCCUUUUAACUGACCUGACCGAGAGUUCCUUUCAAAUUUCAUAGUAUUGGACAUAGACAAAUAAUACUGCGUGUGUUGGACACCCGAUUUCCGAUUCUCAACCGCGUACAAAGCGUCAGAAAAAUGAAACCAUCUACGCUAAUAUUGCGUCUACGCAGUAUUUGGAUCAUGUCCAGUUGGCUGCGGCACGAGGCUUUGGCCGCAGCUGCGAUGGUGGUGCGUCGUCGAGAACAGAAUCUGAAGCGCCUUGAAUAUGAACAGAAGCUAGAGGCUGAAGUGGGUCAAGUGGGCGUUGACUCUGAGGGUAAACUGCGUAUCGUUCGUGUAAUGGACGACUACAUUAUCCCGGCCGAGUGUGGUUUCUAAGUAAAGGAGCAAGGAACUAUCAAAAUUUUCGUCAAUUAUGUUAUACGCCCGAAUCUGGUUAUGAGGAGACGUUACGUUACGGGAUUCACAUAAACAGCAAAUAUAUUUUUGGGGAUAUACUCUUGGUCGGAUUAUUAAUAGACCAGUUCUCGUGACAGCUAAAUAACUCGAAACUCUAUAUAUUUACUUUUGGCAAUAUGUACAAAUGAUGAAUGAAUCUAUGUUUUUCCGAACUACUGUAAUUUCCACGACAAUAAACUGGAACCGUGGUUGUCCGUUCAAGAGUA